CCAUCUGCAGUUAUCGUUCUUCCAAUAUUAGCCUCUGCUUUUCAUCUCUUAUUUAGAUAAUUACCCAAAACCCUCAACAAAAUCAAAAACAACACAUCAACAUCAUCGUUUCAAUGGCAAAAGAUUUUAGCUUCAAUUUUGGCUGCUGCAUCGAACAUCAUAGAAGAAAGAAAAAACAUUGAAUUUGAUGUUUUUCACGUUACAGCAAGAGUUCUGGUUUUGCAGAAGAUAAUAUCAGAAUCUGGUUUAUUGCAGCUAUGGAGGGUGAGAUUAUGAAUCUCAUGAAGGUGUGGUUCUCAGUUGUGGUAUCUUUAUGCUACUGUUAUUGGAUCCGAAAGCUUGUUCCUGCCGGAAAAAUACGACUCUUCCUUUUUCUUCCGAUCAUCUUCUUAUACAUUGUUCUUCCUCUGAGUCUUUCUUCUGUGCACUUGUGUGGCACCACAGGGUUCUUCAUUGCGUGGCUCGGAAACUUCAAACUCUUGCUCUUAGCUUUCGACAAGGGACCUCUCUCUUCCGACACAUUCAUCUCUCUCCCACGUUUUGUCGCAGUGGCAUGUCUCCCCAUCAAGAUCCAACAAAACCAAACACCUUCUACCACCAUCCAAUGUUCUUCAUCUAAAAAUGAAAAUAAAAAUGGUAACACCCCACAUUCAGAUCCGUCCAAAAGUUCCGGUUUUGACACCAACCCAUCUUCGAUAAAGCCAAACUCUGUUACCCAAACCAAACAAAAAAACUUGUCCAAAACGGGCGGUGCUACUACGGGUACCCCACUUCUAGGGUAUGCCCUAAAGGGUGUUGCUGUGGGCGUUCUGGUGAAGAUCUAUGACUACAGUGAGAGUAUUAAUCCGAAGGUGAUUAUGUGCAUGUACUGUUUCCACAUUUACUUCAUGUUGGAAAUAAUCUUGGCGGCGGUUGCGGCGGCGGCGAAAUCCAUGCUGGGGAUGGAGCUGGAGCCGCAGUUCAAUAAUCCACUGCUCUCGACCUCGCUCCAAGAUUUCUGGGGAAGGAGAUGGAAUCUCAUGGUCACCAGCAUCCUCCGGCCAACGGUGUACGAUCCGACGGUGAAAGCCGCAUCGAAGGUUGUUGGUCGCCGGUGGGCCCCACUACCGGCGGUGAUGGGCACGUUCGUGGUGUCGGGUUUGAUGCACGAGUUGAUACUGUUCUACCUGGGGAGGUUGGAGCCCACCUUUAGAAUGACGUGUUUCUUUCUCCUUCAUGGGAUGUGUUUGAUGGUGGAGAUUGCGUUGAAGAGGACCCUCACCGGCAGGUACCGGUUGCCGAGGUUUCUGUCGGGGCCUUUGACCGUCGUGUUUGUCAUGGCCACCUGCUUUUCCCUGUUCCUGCCGGAGUUCAUCCGGUGUCGGAUUGAAGUCAGAGCGUUUGAGGAAUACGCCGCCUUGGGCCACCUCCUUACACCUCUCAGUUCGUCGUUCUCGGCUAUUUUUCUUAACAAAUCUUAGCAACUAGGGAUAAAUAAUUUUUAUGAGUAUAUCUUUAUUAUUAUUACCGACGAAAACACAGCAUGAGUGUGUGUUCUGUCUUUUAAUUCUUAUACAAAUU